AUGAACUUCCUGAUGAGAGAUCCAGUCGUCCAGGGCUCGAGUAUGGCAUAUCAUCCGUUUAUACCUCACCGGGGUCCGGAAUUUGCCAUGAGCGCCAUGCUGGGCCACCAGCCGCCCUUCUUUCCGGCUCUGGCGCUGCCCCCCAGCGGCUCGCUGUCGCUGCCGGGCGCCCUGGGCAAGCCGAUCAUGGAUCAGCUGAUGGGGGGAGCGGCCGACUCCGGGCUACACUUCUCCUCGCUGGGCCACCAGGCCGCCGCGGCAGCCGCUGCCGCCGCGCACCUCCGGCCGCUCAAGAGCCUGGAGCCCGAGGAGGAGGUGGACGACGACCCCAAGGUGCACCUGGAAGCCAAGGAGCUUUGGGAGCUCUUCCACAAGAGGGGCACCGAGAUGGUGAUCACCAAAUCCGGAAGGCGGAUGUUCCCCCCCUUCAAAGUGAGGUGCACGGGCCUGGACAAGAAGGCCAAGUACAUUCUCCUGAUGGAUAUCGUGGCAGCCGACGACUGCAGGUACAAGUUCCACAACUCGCGCUGGAUGGUGGCUGGCAAGGCCGACCCCGAGAUGCCGAAGAGGAUGUACAUCCACCCGGACAGCCCCGCCACCGGGGAGCAAUGGAUGUCCAAGGUGGUCAACUUCCACAAGCUCAAGCUCACCAACAACAUCUCUGACAAGCAUGGAUUUGUAAGUUCCACUAAUACCAUUCUGAACUCCAUGCAUAAAUAUCAGCCUCGCUUUCACAUCGUGAGGGCCAACGACAUCCUCAAGCUGCCCUACAGCACCUUUAGGACGUACGUGUUCCCCGAGACCGACUUCAUCGCGGUGACUGCUUAUCAGAACGACAAGAUAACUCAGCUUAAAAUCGAUCACAACCCUUUCGCCAAAGGCUUCCGUGACACUGGCAACGGCCGACGGGAAAAGAGGAAACAAUUGGCCCUGCAGUCUAUCCGCUCGUACGAGGAGCAGCAAAAGAAAGAGAACGGAGCUUCGGACGACUCCUCCGGGGAGCAAGCGCCCUUCAAGUGUUUCGGUCAGGCCUCCUCCCCUGCCGUGUCUACAGUGGGACCCCCACACCUGAAAGACUUUUGUGACAGCGACGAGGACAGCGACGACGAGAGCAAAGACGGCCACGUCAAAGACGGUCCAGACUCUAACAAGAUUUCCACUACGACGGAGGACGCCAAAGAGCACGACACUAGCCCGGCUAAGGGCCACCUGUUCGGGGUCCUUGGCGGCGACCCCCCCGGCCGAACCCGCGACGUCGGCAGCCCGAGGACCGAUCGAGGCCGGGGGGACUCUCGACAGAGCCCCAUCACCGUCAUCUCCAGCACCACUCGCUCCGGGGAGGACGUGAAGAGCCCGAGCCUGGACCCGGCCAAGGAGGACGAUUGCCGGCCGCCGGGCAAGGACGCCUUUGCGCCGUUGAACGUGCAGACGGAGGGCCCGCACAUGGUCCCUCACAGCCACAUGCCCAACUUCGGAUUUGCCGGCGGCCUGACGGGACAGCAGUUUUUCAACCACUUGGGGAGCGCGCACCCCUUCCUCCUGCACCCGAGUCAGUUCAACAUGGGCGGCGCCUUCUCAAACAUGGCCGCGGGGAUGGGCCCCUUACUGGCCGCCGUGUCCACGGGAGGCGUGAGCACCAUGGACACCAGCAGCAUGGCCUCCUCCCCUCAGAGCCUGGCGGGGGCUUCGGGCCUGCCCUUCCAUCUGCAGCAACACGUCCUAGCCUCGCAGGGUCUGGCCAUGUCCCCCUUCGGAAGUCUGUUCCCCUACCCAUACACGUACAUGGCGGCGGCCGCGGCCGCCUCCUCCGCAGCCGCCGCCGCCUCGUCCUCGUCGUCCCCGUCGGUUCACCGGCACGCCUUCCUGAACGCGGUGCGCCCCCGACUCAGGUACAACCCCUACUCACUCCCCAUGACGGUACCGGACAGCACGCUGCUCAGCACGGCCGCGGCUGCCGCUGCCUCUGCCUCAGCUCUGGCGCCGCUGGGGGCCGAGCUGAAGGGGGACGUGCUGGUCCCGGCCAGCCCGGCCUCGGGCCAGCUCGACUCGUCCACGUCGGAGGUGACAAGUCGCUCAGUGUCGCCCAAAAUUGGUGCCGACAAAGACGGCACCAACGAGCUGCAGAGCAUCCAGCGCCUCGUCAGCGGGCUGGACUCGAACCAGGACAGGUCGAGAAGCGGGUCGCCCUGAGGGGAGGGGAGCGCCCCCCCCCCUCCCGCCCCCUCUCU